AUGCAAUCUGCUCCCAACCAGAACCCGUCUCAGGCCCCAAGCCAGUCGAGUUCUUUGACAGAAUGUCCAUGCGGCCAAUGCUCUGACCCUCACGAGCAUCUUGCACACCCUGCUUUUCCACCUGCAGUGGAAAAGCACCCCUCUCAGGCCACCACCAUGGCGGGCACCAUGCCGGUACAGAACCUGAACGUCAUCGCGUUGAUAUCAGGCGGAAAGGACUCUCUCUACUCCAUGCUGCACUGCAUGAAACAUGGACACAAGAUCGUAGCAUUGGCGAAUCUAUACCCCGCCCCAGAAAACGAAAACGGAGAGCAGGUGUAUGACUCGGAUAGCUACAUGUACCAAACCAUCGGGCACAGCGUCAUCCCGCUCUACGAGGAAGCGCUCGGCAUACCCCUCUACCGCCGGAAGAUCACGGGCAUGCCCGUCAACCUGGAGCUGACGUAUUACGGCGCGCAGGGCAGCGCGGCCGACGAGACGGAGGAUCUGUUUGAGCUGCUGAAGGAGGUCAAGGAGCACCAUCCCGAGGCCAACGCCGUGUCGGGCGGCGCCAUCAUCUCCAACUACCAGCGCAGCCGCAUCGAGAAUAUCGCCAUGCGUCUCAACCUGGUCCCGCUGGCGUACCUGUGGAUGUAUUACUGCCUGCCGCCGCCGACGGAGCGUGACACCAUUCCGGCGGGCUGGUCGCCGUCGGUCAUGGGCUUGCUGGAGGAUAUGGCGGACGCGGGGUGCGAGGCGGUGAUCGUCAAGGUUGCGACUGUGGGGCUGGGUGUUGACUCGCUGUUGUCGAAUAUCACGUCGAAGGAUUCCUCCCAUAGAACGAAUAUCCUGACAAAGCUGGCGCGGUAUGUUUCGCAGGGGCUGGAGACGGCGAUCCUAGGAGAGGGCGGCGAGUACGAGAGUCUGGCGCUGGAUGGGCCGAGUGUACUGUGGAAGAAGAGGAUUCGUAUUGUGAAGGCCAGCCGUCAUGAUAACGGUGAUUAUACUGCGAUUCUUCAAAUCAAGGGUGCGAAGUGUAUUGAAAAGCCCGAUCCUCCUCCCUGGAAGCUGGCCCAGCUACGGGUCCCGCAGGUUUUUGAUGCUACUAUACAUUUUGCCUUGACGGUGCUGGUGGAGAAGCAGUAUGAUUACAGCAUGGACGAACCCCGAGCGCCACUUUCCAUGUCGCCGGCUUUGUGGGGGACGCCGGUCGUAAAACCGGCUAUAUUUUCCUCACAUAAUUUUUUGAUGGUCUCCAAUUUAUGUGGUUACACUGGCCUCACUGGUACAAAGCCAGCGCCAGGGGUGUUUGCCCAAAUAAUACUCAUCGAAAAGAAUUUGCUCAACAUUUUACACACUGAGGGAGAGAAGAGGAAAAUCAGAUUACCCGUCAGCUGUAUUCUUUCGACCACGAUGCUGCUUAGGUCUAAGAGCGAUUACCAAAUAGCCGAGGAGGCAUAUGGUCGAGUUUUCAAUAUUAUUAACCCCCCUACGCGGGUGGUAAUAGGUUGUGGUCAUGCUAUGCCAAAAGGUAUAGAUGUCGUUCUCUCCUUUUUCGCGGAUAUGGCCGCGUGUAUGCCGAAACGCGCCUUGCACAUCACAUCACUGUCAUAUUGGGCACCAGCAAGUAGUUAUUCGGUAUCGCAGGCUGUAGUGAGUCCUCUAUUAACCCAACCUACUUACGAUCAGUGCGAUGAGUUGGUGUAUCUUUCAGGCCAGUUGCCUAUACACCCGCAAUACAUGACAUUAUUCUACGGCGACUUUGCCUAUAAAACUGCCAUCUCACUACAGUCUGCAUGGAGAAUUGGAAGAGCGAUGGCUGUCGAUUGGUGGGUGAGUGCGGUUGCGUUUCUGCAGACCGGUCCCAAAGUUCGCACCCAGGCUAAGCUGGCUGCGCAUGGCUGGGAGGUAUUGAAUGCGGCGCGGACUUAUGGGAUGGAGGAAGAUCCCUGGCCGCAUGAGGAGUACUCUACGGAUACUGACGAUGCUUCAAUUACCAGAGAAGUUGGAGUAUCCGUAGCUGCCGUACCGCCUAAUGUACCCCGAAAAAUUGAUGGCAGAGAAGAAAGCGAAGAAGAGGAAUCGGAACUGGAUCCCUGGGAUGUUAAAUAUGGUCGAUCAGGGGGUGGGAAGCCCGAGACAGAAGCCCCACGGCAGUUACCUAACUUUUCCAGCGUUCACUCCGAAUUCAACAUACCCCCGUUUCUGGCUGUCGAGGUGGAACACCUGCCUUACGACAGUCCCAUUCAAUGGCAGCUUAUUGGGGUACGCUCCGGAAGAAUUUUUGUCACAGAGGAGGACUCAGAGUCCACAUUUGUCUGCAAGACUGAGAGUCCGUCUUUGGGGGAAUAUAUCUGCAUUGGCAUUAAAACAGGAGAGCAUGCGCCGGGUAUUCUCUCGGCAGGCAAAGUACUAGACCGGUAUGUAACAGUUGAUACCGAAUAUCACACCACCCUCUAUACGACGAUUCCGAUUAAGAUCCAAGAAUGGCGUGGUCCAAUCGUGCCUUGUAUAUCUAUCUGGGGCCUUUAUGACAUGGAGUUUGCGGCUGCAGUUACUAUGCAUAUACCAGCUACCCCUGAAAGGAGGUGGUGA